GAUUGGAUUCAGAUUUCAGAAAACAAAAAUAAUGUACAAUGCAAAAACUGUAAAAAGAUUAGAUUAUUGAGCAAAGAUUUAUUUUUGAUCUUUUGUAACUUGUUAUUAUUUUAGUUCUUAUCUUGUGCCUUUUCACUAAUAAUUUAUGUUCAACUCCUACAAAUUUCCUUGAAUCUAAUGAUUAUUUUUGAACUUCGUGGUUCGAAAGGUUAUGAUGUUGGGUUUUUGUAUUGCUCUUUUGCAAUGUUAUCUCUUAUACUUCAUUAAAAUUGAACAAAAUUUUUAAUAUGAUUGGUUAUUAAGAAUUGAAAUCAUCAAGUUUAUAAUGGCUGAUUCUGACCGUGAUAAACAAGUUUGCCUGGACAAUGAAAUUACAACGAUUCACCAAAAAAAGCUGUUUGCUCUACUUUGUAUACCAGCGUCCGUGGUGACAGUCUUCCUUGUUUUUUCGCAAGUAUUUGUUAGUGCAACACCUGAUCAUUGGUGUCGGAUACCGGAAUUAGAUGAUUUCACUUAUGAUGGCAACAUUUCGUUAACUGAGCUAGAAAAGAAAUCUAUGUCUAUACCAUUCAAGAAUGGUAGAUAUGAAAAGUGCCUUAUGUACGAUAUCGAUUAUCGUAAACAAUUGAGCUCCUUCAACAAGUCUCACGUUGAUAACGUUAAUGCAACGUUACCCACCAUCCCUUGCCAAUAUGGAUGGACCUAUGACAGAAACAAUUACGAUAGCACACUUGUUACUGAGCUUAAUUUGGUCUGUGAUGAUUCCUGGAAACCAUCGUUAGCAACAACCCUUUUUUAUUUGGGGUCUUUAAUAGGAAGCAUAGUCUUUGGAUUCAUCUCUGAUAGAUAUGGAAGGAGACCGGCACUUCUGCUUGUGUUGAUACCAGACAUACUGAUAUCAGUGAUGACCUGCUACUCACCCAACUACAUGGUCUACACUAUCUUGCGUACUCUAUCUGGUUUAUUCUUCCCGGCACUUUAUCAGAUAUGCUUUGUUUUGGCAUUGGAGCUUGUAGGACAUUCGCAGCGCACAACUAUUGGUGUUAUUAUAGCAAUGUGCUUCGCGUUAGGCAUGUGCUUGCUUGCUAUCCUCAGCCAUUUUUUGCGCGAUGCAUUCAAGCUGUCACUGGCUACAUCAGUACCGCUCCUUGCCAUGCUCAGCUAUUAUUGGUUGAUUCCAGAAUCACCGAGAUGGCUGCUCAGUAAAAAUAGGGGAGAAGAAGCCAAAAUAAUUAUUGCAAAACUGACGAAAACCAAAGCCACAUGGUUACCGCAAUGUUACCCUUCAAAACCGCUCAAGGAGGUUUUUUGUAGUUCUCCAAAAACGACGCCUGAAUUAAUAAGGAAUUCGACGAAAGCUCGUUCAAAAGAAGAGAAGUGUGUGACUCUGUUCGAUGCACUCGGCUACAGUCAAACAAGAAUCAAAUUCUUGAUUCUUUCUUUCAACUGGAUUGCGAACUCCAUUGUCUACAACGGACUGUCCUACAAUGUGGGCAAUUUGGGAAUCAGCGAUCAGCUGGCGUUUUUCAUUGGCGGGAUUGUUGAAAUUCCUGGUCACCUAGCAACUUUGUACACUAUGAAUAUCUAUGGACGCAGGAACGUACUUUUCUCGAUGAUGUUUUCCGGUGGUCUUGCCUGCAUCAGUUGCAUGUUGGUUGCGGAAGAUAACGUGUGGUUGACUCUGGUCCUGGCGAUGUUUGGUAAGUUUGGCAACGCCGCAGCGUUCAGUGUAUUCUACGUGUUCAUUGGCGAGUUGCUGCCUACUGUGAUACGCAGCCAGGCGAUGGGCGUGGCCUCCUUUGUCGCCGGAAUCGGUCUGCUCGGCUUCCCUCAGAUUAUACGACUGGUCAGUGUAACCAUAGACAAAUAUAUUUCUCUUUGGUGUAACUCAAACACAUAUUUUUAUUGCGGAUGAUGUCCACAUGAGCUUUUAGGUUGUGCGUGGGUAAUACACAUUUUAAUGACGUACCAACUUAUUGUAAGAAUACAUAAAAAUAGGGAGUGCGUGAGUGAUAUGAUGAGAGUGCUUAAUUUGUAAAAUUGAAGGUUCCGGAACAGAGGGGAGAACCUAGGGGGGAUUGCUAUCCAGCCAAACUAUUAUAUUGUAAAUUUUGUAUUAUAUUGUAUUAACUUCCUACACUGCACACUAUUUGUAUUUCUUGUGCCUAAGUUUUUUAAUAACAUCUCAAUUGAAAUCAAGAGGAUUUAGAAUCUACUUGUUUCUAUA